CCGUGAGUCGAUUCCCACACUGAAUCGAAUCUCCCAGCUACGGGUGUCGGGGACGCGCUCUGUAUGACGCGCUGUCGGGCACGCGCUUCCAGCUCCUUCAGUUCAGUUCAGCAUCUCAGACAACGACCGGCGGAUCCGCGCUACGGGAGGUGCUGUAAGUGAAAAUGAAGUCCAGCUGGUGCUUACCCUUUGCCCUCCUCCUUGCCACCCUCACCCCUCCCUCACAAAGCAGCGAGAGCCUGCCGGUGAACACCAAGCGGGGCCUGAGGCAGGCUUCUACUGCCAACAGAAACGUCCUGCAGGACCGUGAGGCUGCGCUGCCACAUGGAGGCCACCGGAGGAGGCAGGGGGCGCUGUCCCAUAGGCCUCUGCAGCCGGACGACGGGCCGGGCCUGGAGGGCUUGAGCCCCGUCAGGUUGGAGAUGGGACCUGGGGAGCGGGAGAGAGGUCACGGUGGAGUCAGAGGUCACUCUCACAUGAGGGACAAUCACCCUCCAGGAGGAGAGUUCACGCGUAAAGGCAGAAGACACGGACACCAGCCUGAUCACCGGAGACACGGCCGCAGGGACAAGACCCGAGGGAAAGGGUUCUUCCCUGACCCUAACGCGGAAUUAGGGUCUUUGAUGAAGGACUUCGAUGCUCUGGACGACGGCCCCUACACGCUCUCGCCCAAUCGCGACGCGUCUGUGGCCUCCGAGGCCCCCUCCCCCGCUUCCCGCAUCCCGGUUGCCACGGCGAUGAGUGAGCAUCCCCCAACUCUACCCCCGGCCUCCACCAAACCCCAGAGGGCAGGUCGAGGAAAAGCUCAAGGUGAGGUGCUGCCUACUUUGGACAUGGCUCUUUUCGACUGGACAGACUAUGAAGACAUGAAGCCUGUGGACAACUGGCCAUCCAGUAAGAAAAAAGACAAGCGACGCAGCAAGAAUAUGAGCAACGGCAACACGACUGAUGCUGACAUCAUUGAACCAUGUGACCAUCACCUUGACUGUCUCCCCGGGUCCUGCUGCGACCUCAGACAGCACGAAUGCAAACUCCACAACCGCGGCCUGAACAACAAGUGCUACGAUGACUGCAUGUGUGAAGAGGGUCUCCGCUGCUACGCUAAAUUCCACCGCAAGCGAAGGGUGACCCGAAGGCGCGGACGCUGCGUGGAGCCGGAGUCUGCCGACAGUGACCAGGGAGCCUUUAUCACUAUCUGAGAGAGAGAGAGAAAGCGAGAGAGAGAGAGAGAGAGAGAGAGGAACUGACCAUGGCCCCAUAGCCCCCAACCUUUCCUCCCAUAGACUGCAAGAUGGACUAAUAGGACAGUGGGUCAAACAAACGGCCGAACUGACCCUCGCUCACAGUGGUGUACAUACGCUGUAUGUUUGUGCACUGUGUACCUACAUGUCACCUGUUCUGUACAUAAAUUUGUGUCUGAGGAGAACAAAAGCAUUUUUCUACUGAUAAUGUUUCACUGCUGUUCCCUGCAGAAGCCCUAAAAAGGCAAUGGCUUCGUAUUUGAUCUUAUUUACUGUUUUGCCUUGAUAAUAAGUUUAAAUUUUAUUGAAACGUCUCAAGAUAUCAAGUUAUUUAUAAUCACCGUCAUGUGAU